AUGGCCCUUCCUUUCCUCCCUAUGGAUCUCAUGGAAGCCCUCCACAACCGGUGGCAGUGCAUCGUCUAUGCCGUAGCAUGGACGAUCCUCAUCAUCAUCACGGUCGCAUUGGCUGCCUUGUCGCCGGAGCUAGCCUUCAUAUGGGCAGUGUCACCCACAUCAGCGUUCAUGCAGGCGUGCGGGGCAGGCACAGUGAGGCUACCAAUGGAGGGGUCUCCAAAUUUGGCUGUGUGUUUGCCUUCCAUCCGCUUCGAUCGUUCCAAUAUCGACAUUGUUGUUCCUCCGUUGUUUGCAGUGUUGGUUGUGAUGAGCUCUGCGCUGGUUGUCCGAGCAAUCGGAUUGUGGGAAGCAGAGGAAGAGCAAAGGAUCAACUGA